AUGCUCCGACGCGCAAAGCUUGCAGUUAAAUUGACGGUUCGUCUCCUUUUGACAGUGGGUCUUCUCGGCCCCUCGGAUACCCCUAUCAUCAAGAAUAUAAGCCCCUGCAAGUUUGACUGGUUACGUCUAAGAUUCUCGCACGAAACAAACACCUUUGAGUUGUCACUUGCAGUGGAGAUUGCGAAUAACAGUCAUGGCAGCGGCAGUAACAUCAAUAGUGCCAAUAGGUGGGUCAUCGGUCGACACUUCCGACGACGUCAUUAUCAACAGCGAAUUUAUACAUUUGCGGACUUGGCUGAGCUUCCGGAUCGGCACUGGAAACGCCAGAUCCCCCCUUCCGUUUACUUACUCUAUCCACAAGCCCUGGAUAUGACGCAGGUGGUGGCUGACAUAGCCAACUGUCGUCCCAUUCCGGAGGCCCCAAUGUUCACUCAAACAGUCAGAUUCCUAAACAUCAGCUCGACUGUUUGCGCGCCAAGUCGGGCAGUCGAGAGGGCCCUAGAUGCUGUUGUAAUGGUCAAGUCCUCUGUCUACAAUUUUGCAGACCGUCAGCUUUUACGGAAGACCUACGCUGAAGAGUCCGCCUUCCGCAUGGCCCUUAUCUUCUCAGUAGGACUGCCUCGAAGCAGCGGGGGUCGGUUCUUCCAUCGCGACGGCUUUAACAUCUCCUUGCCGGAGAGAGCGGGCGAGUCCAUGGAGAAGAUGGAAUCUCAGAGGCCGGAGGUUCUCAGAAAUUUGACUGGGGAGGUCCAACUCCACGGGGACAUUGUGCUGGGGGACUACGAGGACACCUACUACAACCUCAGCCUUAAGCUAUUUCACACCUUCCAGUGGGCUGCCGGCUUCUGUCGGGAACACUUUGCACACCAACAGCCCCGACCGCCCGUCUUCAUUCUCAUGGACGACGACUGUGCCUUCAAUGCAAGCCAUCUUAAGGCUCAAUUGGACGGCCUAUCGGAUGCAGAGAUUCGACGCGUCACUUGGGGCAUACCAUUUUAUGAAGCCAGAGUGAUUCGUUCACCUUUCGACAAGAAAUAUGGCAAGUGGGCGCUCUCAAAGCAGGAAGUGCCCUGGCCGUUCCACGCGCCUUACGCACCCAGCACCUUUCUUGUCUUUGGUGCUGAUGUGCUCCAGGAAAUCACACUCGCCAUGCAUUUUACCCGGCAGUUUCCAGUGGACGAUGCCUGGCUGGGUUUAAUCAUGACCAAGUUGGAUCUCCACUUUGAACGUCGUGCACACAUGUAUCAGUUUCCACCAAAACAUGUUCCCAAGGAGUUGGUUCUAGCUGCUCCCUACAAAUACCUCUUUGGUUCGUAG